UCGCGGUGGUCACGUGUGGACGCGCCCCGCCUCGCCGCCUCCGAUAAAGCGCAGCAAAAGUCAGCGCUCUUCUUCCUACAUGCAACCAAACCGGCAGCGAGGCGGGCGGCGGGGACGUAAACCGAAACCACCGGAGCCGGAGUGUGUGUCCGUGUCCGUGUGUGUGUGAGUGCGCGGCGCACAAAGAUGAUUAAUUAGUGAAAUAAAGCUCCAGUUACCGGGCUGAUCUGGGGCUCGGGACUCGGUGCACGUGGAGGUGGCGUUUUAACAAGAAGGCCAGGCUGCAGCGUCAUCGAGGCCGCUCCGUGCGCACUGGAAACCCGGGAUUCAAUUGGUGGAAGCAGGAGGGGAGCACCGGCCUCCUCCACUGCAGGAGGAGAGGAGAGGACAGUAGAGCAGAGUUGAGGAAACCGAAAAAGACGCCGCUGCCAAGACAGCAGCAGCAGCAGCAGCAGCCUGCGCAGUGUGCGCAGUGUGCGCACGGCACGGGGGACUUCGCCAAUAAAACAAACUGCGCACUGACUCUGCAGGAUGCAGCGCCGCAGCCGCGUGGUUUGGUAGUCUACGACGGAAACAAGACUGUUCCGGCCGUGUGCAGGAAGUCUUGACUGGGGAGGGGAGAUUGGGACAAACCGGUCGCUCGCCACAGCUGCGACGUUUGAUUCCCCCCCCCCCCCUACUUGAGAGUGUAUCACUCCGCCCCUCCGGGGAGCCCUGCGCCCGGACAUGGGAAAUGUAAACAGUGGUCGGGCUGGAUUUUAAACUACGCACACUUCCCACCUUCUCCUCCCACCCCCUUUUCCUUUUCCCGUGGCGAGAUGGAGAUGGAGAUGGAGGCAGAGCCGCCCAUGCACAGCGUGCACGGGACCAACCGGACCAGACCUUCCUCCUACCGGGCCCUGCGCAGCGCCGUGUCCAGCCUGGCGCGCUUAGACGACUUCACCUGCGAGAAGAUCGGUGCGGGCUUUUUCUCCGAGGUGUUCAAGGUGCAGCACCGUGUGUCCGGCCAGGUGAUGGCUCUGAAGAUGAACAUCUUGGCCAGCAACAAAGCCAACAUGCUGCGGGAGGUGCAGCUCAUGAACAGACUAUCGCACCCCAACAUUCUCCGGUUCAUCGGCGUGUGCGUCCACGAGGGGCAGCUGCACGCCCUCACAGAGUACAUAAACGGCGGCAACUUGGAGCAGCUGUUGGGCAGCGACGUGCAUCUGUCGUGGAGCGUGCGGAUCACUCUGGCUCUGGGCGUCGCUCGGGGACUUCAGUACCUGCACAGCAAGGGCAUCUUCCACAGGGACCUCACCUCCAAGAAUUGCCUGGUGCGCUGGGAGGGCUGCGUGUGCUCGGCCAUCGUGGGAGACUUGGGCCUGGCGGAGAAAAUCCCAGACUACAGCGAAGAGGAGGACCAGGAGCCUCUGGCUGUGGUCGGCUCCCCCUACUGGAUGGCCCCGGAGGUGCUCAGAGGAGAGCUGUAUAAUGAGAAGGUGGACGUGUUUGCAUACGGCAUCAUCCUGUGCGAGAUCAUCGCGAGGACACAAGCCGACCCCGACGUCCUGCCGCGCACUGUGGACUUUGGUUUGGAUGAGGCGAACUUUCAGGAGAUGGCGGGCGACUGUCCCCCUCACUUCCUGGAAUUGGCCUUCACCUGCUGUAAUAUGAAUUCAAAGCUCCGUCCGUCCUUUUCCCAAAUCGUGGUGGAGCUGGAGAGCAGACAGGCCGAGAGGAAACGGCGAGCCGAACUAACGGUCAAAGCUGUUUCGCCGACAAUCUGCCCCCUGCGGAGGCGCUCCCUCUGCCUCCCGUCAGAUCCCCGCCUCUCCCGCAGCAAAUCGGACAUGCUCCACCCCCUGGACACGCCCCCUCCUGGCACCACGGCAACCCCUGCUCGGGUCAACCCCUUCUCCCACAGGGCGGACCUCAAGGGGGGCAAGAUCAAGCUGUUCGACACGCCCAGCAAGUCCGUCAUCUCCCUCACCUUCACCCUGCCCCCCCCACCGGACUGCAACGACCCCGCCGGGUCCGAGGGCGACAGCUCUGAGCUGCCGAGGAGGCACCGGCGCUGCCACUCGCUGCCGUGCACGCCCCCUCCGCACCUCACGUCGGCGCCGAGCAGCGUCCUGACCGAGGAGUCCGAGCUGGACACCGUGAACGGGACGGGUGGAGAGGAGGGACUGUCGGGAGGGCAGACGGGGGUCAGGGAGGGGAGCCGCGCUGACUCUGGUCUCCCUCUGUCCUUUGAGCCCCUGUCGCUCGACCUGAUGGACCAGGAGGAAGAGGAGGAAGAGGAGGACGGGGGCGAGGAAGAGCCCAUGGACUGCACCAGCUCCCCGAACACCCAGGACAGCGCGUCAUCCCCUCACUCGGAGCUCUCCCCUGCUCCGGCCCACUCCUCCACCCCCCGGCAGUCCUCCAACCCUCCCUUGUCCAACGGCUGGGGGUCGGCCAUCUCCAACGGGCCCCCCUGCCUGCCCCCCCUCUCUCGUUUGGACAACAACAACGCGGCCGUGAGUCGACAAUUGGGCCGGAGCACCACGACCACCACCACCACCAACAACAACAACGGUUACCACUCGCCCCCCGGCGACCCCGGCGGCUCGUCCCCGUUCGGCUCGGGAGGGAGCGGACGCUCUCCGGACCAGGAGGAGGUGCUCUCCUGUCCCGGCUGCUGCCUCGCCGGCCUCCGCUUCCCCUCGCUGUGUCUCAGAGCGCCGCCGCGCAGGAACCCUUACAAGAACUUGAACGGCGACGGCGCGGCCUCGCGCGGCCUGCUCGGCCCGCCGCCCUCUCCGACCCCCACGGCCGCCAGCCUGGAGCCGGGACUCGCCUUACCGGGGGCGCAGACUUAAACCUCGACGCACCAAGUGCACACGGACGACAAUAAGUGUUCGGCACUAGAAGCCCUCGCCUGGACAUUAAGUGGGUCUCCUAAGAAUUUGCACAGAUUUUAACGCAGCGAAACAAUGCUUAUUUUCCCAGACACACUUGUUUUGCGCACAAUCUGUUUGCUAAAACACACUCCCAGAAUGCUGCGGGACAAAGAACUGGCGUCUUUGCUGGCAGCUUGUUGCAUGUCGCCCUCUGCUGGGCUGAGGGGAAAGCUUUAGUAUUAUUAUUAUUACCGCUGUUAUGUUUGGUGCUGUUUCUGAAUGAACAGCCAAAUUUUGCUUUAGUGUAUUUAAUUAUCAAGAGCGUGUAUGGUGCACUGAUUGUGUGUGUGUGUGUGUGUGUGUGUGCGCGUGUGUGUGUGUGUGUGUGUGCGCUGUGCACACUUCUUUUGACCCUUUUGUUGCUGUAUGAUCUCUAUUGGCCCUUUGGGUUGCCUGGUUAAGCACUUCAACUGUAUUAAUGUUAAUAAGGAAAGUUGUCUAUGAUCACUUUUGGGAAUGAACGGUCAAAGACCUGCUUAAGAGAUGUACAGAUUGUUAUUAUUUAUAGAAGACAUUGAAUAAACAGAUGGAAUGCAG